AUGGCUUUCAAUAAGAGAGGCCCCAACAACUUUGCGCACUGGAAUAUGUUCCCCUUUAUGACGACACCGAAGACGAAGUACAUUCUCGGGCAAAAACAAUCACCGCUGUUCCGGCUCCCGCGAGAGAUACGGGAUACCAUCUACGAGUACUAUGCCCAGGGUCGACCACACUAUGUGUACGAUAAAGACACGGCAAAGCUACGUUAUUCCGCUGCUUCGGCACAGGCGGAGGGCCUCGGUCUUAUGAUAACCUGCAAGAUUGCUGCAGACGAGAUGCAGCACGUCGCUUUCCAGAAUGUCGAGUUUAGCACGCUUUGCUCUGUGGACGAUGGCGCAGAAUUCCAGCAACUCCGGUCAAGAGCCGCUCGAUUUUGCCAGAGUAAGCGUCGAACAUCGAUGGAUGAGCUUGAAAUUAUACUGACGUACUUCUUAGUAUUUGAUAUGGUUCAAGUUCAAAGACAAUACAUGCUGAUCUGUGUCGCGGAACUGCUCGACGCGUCAGAUCUUGCUAAGAUAAGAGCUCGUUAUCCAGUCAUCGAAGACUGUCUUGAAGGACCCCUGCAGCAAGCAGUUACGCGAAAUAUCAAUAUACUAUCGCAAUAUAUGGAUAUGAGUUUGGACAAUCAUGAGUGUCAAGAGUUCGUAGAAGCUCUUGUGCUCGCGCUCGACAUGGCGAAGAAUCGAGAUUCAACUAAGUUUGCGCGGCUCACACAAGGAAUCUUUGGAAACAUUAUCUGCCCGGUGGGCAACCUUCGAGGUAUGGGCCAGUACAAUAUCUUCGUGGAAGGGGCGUUACACGAUGUACUGUAUUGGAGGCCAAACCCUUGGUCCAUUCCCACGGACAGCGAGCUUGCCAGGAUGGAAGGGCUCGUUUGCCGGCCAGAAGAAGACAAGACCUUGAUUUACAACUGGUGCCAUGUGGAGGAUCCUCGCCAACUUUGCAACAGUAGAUACUACUUCUCAGCUGCUGCAGUAGCGAUCGACGUUUUGCAUCAAAUCCCCUCCAAAAGGCUGCGCAAUUUGCGUAAACUCGUCCUCCACGAAGACUUCAAGUCGAUGCCGCGUUCCGUAUGCCAUGUACGAGGUCUCAUUCCUCUGUGCCAGGCGAAUUCAAAGCUUCGGAUCGAAAGACACAUCGAUCUACUAGCCAACCUCCUACCUUUGGGCCACCCAGACAGCCUCUAUGCCGGAUAUGACUCCAUUGCUGGAUCUGAUGUUUUAGAUGCUAUUAUUCCAUGGCUAACGGAGGUCUACCUACUUCAUACCCAUUGGAUGCCAGCAGGCUCUUUUCGGCUCGUGAUCGAUGGUCACUCGCGCGAAUCUCUCGAGGCUUGGAACAUUCUCAAAUAUGCGGCAGCCAUGCAAGAAGCCAUGCUGGAACAAUGCCGAGUCAAGAAUACGUGUCCAACGUCCAGAUUGUUCGACCGUCGCUAUCUAUGCCGCAUUGGCUUGCCAUGGCAUCUACCGGAUGGGUUUUCUGACACUAUUCGCGCGGUGAUUGACGGUACAAUCAACAUCACCUUCACUGGAGACGUGGGUGAGAUGUGGGAUCAGGACACUUUCUUCUUUGAGAGACGAAACUGGACAGUAAACGAAUGGGAAGAAGAGUGGAAAGAUGAGGUUUGGAUCAAAGAGAUUUCGACCGAUUAUUGGAGACGGAUCAAUGCUCGGUAUCAAACAGACCCUCAAGGUUUCGGCCAUAUCUACCGGACAGUCUACAAGGGUGAGGUCAUUCGCAGCAGCGACCGACCGUUGUAA